UCUACUCAUGACUGCUAAAAGCCCUUCACAGGCCUAGUCAUCUUCCUACUGCAGAGCAGGCCGCACAGCCCCCCACCCCGUACUCAAUACUUUUGGGACGGGGAAAAAUCAAGAAGCCUGAGGUUCUGGCGGGAUCUGCGUGAUUUUCCUCCGGUAAAUGUGCAGAGCGCCGGCCAAUCCCGUGUCCGAGAACCCGGGCGCGGCAUCUCAGAGCCAGGCGCUCACCCCCCGCGGCCUGGCCUCCGACCCGCGCAGCGCUCGCGAGUCCUUCCCCGGCCGCGGCUCCGCACGGCGGGGGGUGGGGACACCUACUUCUCCGGGCGCCCAGCUCUGCCCGCUGAGACUCAGAUACCCUGCACGCUACACUGGAAUCUAGUGAGUGACUCCGGCAAUGCUGCCCCGAUGGGAACUGACUCUUUACCUGCUUGCUUCCCUGGGCUUCCACCUCUACUCUUUCUAUGAAGUUUACAAAGUCUCCAGGGAGCAUGAAGAUGAACUGGACCAAGAAUUUGAGCUGGAGACAGACACUCUAUUUGGAGGACUGAAGAAGGACCCGACUGACUUUGAGUGGCAUUUCUGGCUGGAGUGGGGGAAGCAGAGCCUGGUGUGGCUCUUCCUUGGCCAUGCAGCUGUGUCUCAGUUGGCCACGCUGCUCGCAAAGAAGCACAGACCCUGGAUCGUCAUGGUCUAUGGAAUGUGGGCCUGUUGGUGUGUGCUGGGGGCCCCAGGUGUGGCCAUGGUCUUUCUCCAUGCCACCGUCGCCUUCUGCGUGGCCCAGUUCCGGUCAGUGCUCCUGUCCUGGCUGUGUUCUCUCCUCCUGCUCUCCACCCUGAGACUGCAAAGUGUGGAGGAGGUUAAGAGGCGGUGGUAUGAGACAGACAGUGAAUACUACCUGCUGCAAUUCACGUUGACCGUUCGCUGCCUGUUCUACACCAGCUUCAGCCUGGAGCUGUGCUGGCAGCCUGCGCCUGCCCAGCCGGCCUCCUCUUCCUUCCCGUGGCUGCUGGCCUACGUCUUUUAUUAUCCUGUCUUCCACAACGGACCCAUCCUCAACUUCCCAGAGUUCUACAAACAGAUGCAGCAGCCAGAGCUCAGCUCUCCGAAGCAAAGCCUUUGCAUUCUAGUCAAGGGCCUGGGCCGCCUGCUCUGCUGGUGGUGGCUGGCUGAACUGAUGGUCCACCUUAUGUUCAUGCAUGCCCUCUACAGCAGCCCCCUCCUGGAGAGCGUUUCCUGCUGGACCUUAGGAGGACUGGCCCUGGCCCAAGUACUCUUCUUCUAUGUGAAAUACUUGGUGCUCUUCGGUGUUCCGGCUCUGCUCAUGCGCCUGGACGGGCUCACACCGCCACCCCUUCCCCGCUGCGUCAGCACCAUGUUCAGCUUUACCGGGAUGUGGAGGUAUUUUGAUGUUGGACUACACAAUUUCUUGAUCAGGUAUGUGUACAUUCCACUGGGCGGGUCCCAGCGUGGCCUGAUGGGAACACUGCUUUCUACCGCGAUGACCUUUGCAUUUGUGAGCUACUGGCACGGUAGCUAUGAAGACCUCUGGUGCUGGGCAGGGCUCAACUGGCUGGGAGUCACCGUGGAGAGUGGAGCCCAGAGGCUGCUGGAGAGGCGCUGUGUCCAGGAGACCUUGACCCGGUUCCUCUCCCCGCAAGCUCGCCGCCGACUGCAUGCUCUGCUCGCCUCUUGCUCGACUUCCAUGCUGAUCCUGUUCAACCUGGUGUUUCUCGGGGGGAUUCAAGUUGGCAAAACCUACUGGGACAGGAUCUUCCUGCAAGGCUGGCCGUGGGUGACCCUGUCUGUCCUGGGGUUCCUGUACUGUUAUUCACAUGUGGGUAUCGCCUGGGCUCAGACAUACACAGUUCUCUAAUGCUACUGGCCCAGGCCAGCCUGGCUAUCAGCCUUCAAGGGACAUGGCAUUUCAACUGGACCUCUUACUCUGAGACCACCCCUGAGGACACCUUUCAUUCCGAGACCAUCCCUGAGGACACCUUCCACUCCAGGACCAGACCUGAGGACAUCUUCCAUUCUGAGAGCAUCCCUGAAGACACCUUCCAUUCUGAGAUCACCCCUGAGGACACCUUUCAUUCCAAGACCAUUCCUGAGUGAUCACCUUCCACUCAUCUUCUGCUGAAGAUGCUUCAUUCUGAGCCUCACAUCUUUCUCUAUUACAGAAAAUAUACAACCUGAAAAUAUUCUAAUUUUGGAGCCUCAAAGAUUCUCUGCGUACCCCAAUAAGCCUCUCAGUGCAUAAGCUAGAGUUCAGAGCAGUCUUGGGUUCUUCCCAACUAUACAUGGUGACAUCUGUUCUAGAACUUACCGUAAACCUGUUGAAAGGUUCAGCACGGUGGACACUUAUUGUCUGGGCGUGGCUAUCCUGGUCGGGAUAGGCCUGCCUCUCUGAGAUAUUCCAAGUUUUGGUGACCCCUUUCCAUGUUCUGCAACUGGGGACUCUGGCCUGGCCUGCAUGUAAUGGUCCUUAGCAGGGAGGCGGC